UUCAUUUGAAAUAAUUAGCUUACUUUCUUGUGGAGCACUCAGACUGAAUAAUUAUACUCUUCUAUUGACUCUGAAUUUGAGCCUUGUUGCGAGCAUAUAGCACCUGGCCGUCUUCAUUAGACUAGUGAAUUCAAGAGAGAGAGAGCUAGGUAGCUGUUGCAAAGAGCUCUAUCGCAAGUUUGUGCUUUUGCAAAGAAGCAGUACGCGUCUGCAGUCAAGAUGAAAGACCCUCCUUCUAGCAAGAAUGAGCGAGAAUUCAUUCUCAAAGCCAUUGAAGAGAGAAAGCGAUUGGAUGGGCGUGGUAUCUAUGACUACCGGAAAAUCAGCAUCAAUCUCGGACACGAGCGUGGCCAUGCCGAGGUUGCUAUUGGAAACACAAGGGUGCUUUGUCAAGUAAGCGCAGAGGUGGUCAAACCGUCCGGAAAUCGGCCAACAGAAGGCGUUCUGUAUUUCAACGUUGAGUUAUCUCCCAUGGCGUCCGCAUCGUUUGAAGCAGGGAGGAGUUCUCCACAGUCCGUGCAACUCUCUCGGUAUCUGGAGCACGCGGUGAAGGAUAGCGGCGCCGUGGAUGUCGAGACAUUGUGUAUUCUCGCUGACGAGAAGGUGUGGUCAAUCCGUGUAGAUGUACACGUGUUAGAUCAUUGUGGAGGUCUAGCGACGGCAUGUUCAGUGGCAGCCAUUGUAGCGUUAUCACAUUUUAGACAUCCCCAUGCAACCCUUGUCGGCGAGGAAGUGACAAUACACAGUGAACAGGACCACCCACCAGUUCCCCUCAAAAUUUAUCACAUGCCGAUCUGCAUCGCCGUCGCUUUCUUCCUGGAUGGGAAAUACAUGUUACUGGAUCCCUCAUGGCAGGAAGAAAGAGAAAUGGACGGUUCGCUAACAAUAGGAAUGAACGUUCAUCGCGAUGUGUGCCUACUCUCCACGUCGGGAAAAGUACCGCUAACAAAAGAACAGAUAAUGCGCUGCACGCAGGUGGCCUCGGUGAAAGUGGCUGAGAUGACCGAGGUCAUCAAGAAAGCUCUGGCUGAGGAAUCCGCCCCAAAACAAGAAAAGGAGUCAACACCGAUGGAAACUGAUUCCUCCAUAUUGACUGCGUCGCGUCAACAAGAGUCCGUCACGUUACCACCAAAGUCAGAAAAGCAGCCCUCUGCCUCUCGCUCUACUAAGAAAAAGAAGAAAGCGGUGGAUGUAGUCUCUCUGGCUAAAGAUACAGCUGGUAUUGGCCUGGGUGGCAGCAGUGCCUGGUCAGACAACGAUGACGUCACAGUUGACAGAACACGAAGAAAACAAGUACAACAGAAGAAGGUAGAGGAUGGCGAUAAUGACAGUGGAGAGGAGGAGACAAUCGUGUUGACUGGGGAGAGCUUUUGAUAUUUGCGUUCAUAUAAUAAUUAUAAGUUUUGUUUUUUUCACGGUUGAGCAUAGCGAAAGAGUGCUACUUGAUAUUCUAUGCCAAUGUGUGUGGCUUAUGAUUAUGGCAUGCACUGGUUAUUACAUACCAUUUCUUGCUGUCUCUAUUCUUGGGUCCGACUGGCAGCGGGGCAGGAAUUAAUGAAAUAGAAAGGUUUUUUGGUCGAAAGGCGUGUUUUUCCUCUAGCCCGGUUGAGCGGUCGCGGCUAGGAAUGUAGGGAGUCAUUGUUUUCAGGCGCUCCCCUGCUGCCCAGUCACCCAUGCUCACCACUGGCCAUGCUGUUUCACUUGAUUUUACCGCCUUUUCUCCCGCUUGCUGGCGGUUCUUUGAUGAGAUUUAGAUGUUUUUCGGCUAUUUAUCCAUUAUUAAGUGGCUGCGAGUGUGGUUUUUUGCUUCUACUCAUUUCUGGAAAACCACUACGAUGGUGAGUGUGAUUGCUCUGGUAGACCACUACCGUAACCCCAUGUACUGAACAGUUGCUUAGUGAGUGAAAACUAUCUGAAUGUGUAUCUCGGUCUCUUGAAUGUAGUGAUCCACCAA